AUGAUAUCGUCAUCCAAGGAGAAGAGACUGGCCAAGAAGGCCGCCGAGGGCAAGGCCAAGAAGACGGUUGCUUCCAGGUCCAAGGCCGGUUCCAAGAAUGCCAGCGCCGCCGGCUCUGUCAACGGCGAUGAAACCCCCCCACAACAGUUCGACGCCAACGGCAACCCCAUCGAGGCUGAUGAGCCCGCCACCUCCUCCUCCAAGAUGGGCGAGGUCCAGCGCCUUACCGAGCAGAUGGACAAGUACGGUAUCUCUGACCGUGUCACCACCGGCGUCCUCUCCUCCGUCGCCUCCAGCCGCGACGUCAAGAUCACCUCCGUCUCCCUGGUCUUCCACGGCCGUGUCCUCAUCACCGACAGCACCCUCGAGCUCAACUUUGGUCGCCGCUACGGCCUCCUGGGCGAGAACGGUUGCGGCAAGAGUACCCUUCUCAAGGCCAUCGCCGCACGCGAGUUCCCCAUUCCGCCCCAUGUCGACAUCUACCUGCUCAACGAGGGCGCCCCGCCCACCGAGCUUGGCGCCCUCGAGUGGGUUGUCAAGGAGGCCGAGAACGAGAUGGCCCGCCUGGAGAACGUUGCUGAGGAGCUCCUCGAGACCGAGGGACCCGACAGCCAGGUCCUGAUGGACCUCUACGAUCACAUGGACAAGAUGGACCCCUCGACCUUCGCCACCCGUGCCUCGCUCAUCCUGACGGGUCUGGGCUUCAACAAGACCACCAUUAACAAGAAGACAAAGGACAUGUCUGGUGGCUGGAGGAUGCGUGUCGCCCUCGCCAAGGCCCUGUUUGUCAAGCCCACCCUCCUGCUUCUCGACGACCCAACUGCCCAUUUGGAUCUCGAGGCUUGUGUGUGGCUCGAGGAGUACCUGAAGAAGUGGGAGCGCACACUGGUGCUCGUCUCCCACUCGAUGGAUUUCCUCAACGGCGUGUGCACCAACAUGAUCGACAUGCGGGAAAAGAACCUCUUCUACUACGGUGGUAACUACGACUCAUACGCCAAGACCAAGAGUGAGCAGGACACGAACCAGAUGAAGGCCUACCAGAAGCAGCAGGAUGAGAUCGUCCACAUCAAGAAGUUCAUCGCCAGUGCCGGUACCUACGCCAACCUGGUGAGGCAGGCCAAGUCCCGACAGAAGAUCCUGGACAAGAUGGAGGCCGACGGCUUCAUCCAGCCUGUCAUCCCGGAUCGAGUCUUCAGUUUCCGCUUUGCAGACGUCGAGAAGCUGCCCCCUCCCGUCCUGUCCUUUGACGACGUCACCUUCUCGUACUCGGGCGACCCCAAGGACGACCUUUACCGCAACAUCGACCUCGGCUUCGACAUGGACUCGCGGACGGCGCUGGUCGGCCCCAACGGCGUGGGCAAGUCGACACUGCUCCGUCUCAUGACCGGCAAGCUCUCCCCGACGGCAGGCAACGUGAGCAGGCACACGCAUCUGAAGCUGGGCAUGUACUCGCAGCACUCGGCCGAGCAGCUGGACCUGACCAAGUCGUCGCUCGACUUCGUACGAGACAAGUACCCGGACCGGUCGCAGGACUACCAGUACUGGCGCCAGCAGCUCGGCAAGUACGGCCUGUCUGGGGAGUCACAGACGGCGCUGAUCGGCACGCUGUCCGAGGGGCAGAAGAGCCGUAUCGUGUUCGCCCUGCUGGCCAUCGAGAGCCCCAACAUGAUCCUUCUCGACGAGCCGACCAACGGUCUGGAUAUCCCGACCAUUGACAGUCUGGCGGACGCUAUCAACGCCUUCACCGGUGGUGUCAUCGUCGUCAGUCACGAUUUCAGAUUGUUGGACAAGAUUGCAAAGCAGAUCCUGGUGUGCGAGAACAAGACCAUUAAGCCAUGGGAUGGCUCGAUCGGGCAGUACAAGAACUACCUGCGCAAGAAGAUGCUGGCAGCCGGUGCGGUCUGA